AUGCCCGACCCCGGAGAAAUGGAUGCUGCCUUUGACGCUCCUACUGCCGACGACGGCGAGGACGAAGGUGAGACCCACGGUCUAUUAAGUAGUUCGCAACAUAGAGGGGGAGUGCCCGGUGAUUAUGAUUUUGAGCGGGACUAUACAUUACCACCUGAAUCGCCGCCUCCUUUCCAACCAUAUUCUUCUCAUCAUCCAGCACCGGGCAACUCUCAUGGCAUCAUUCCAACGACAGCGCCUGCUCGUCCUAGUCCUGCUCGACACUUUUUGGGUGGUAUCCUCCCCACUUCAUUCUUGCCACGUCAACAAGAGGCCGGGUCGUCGCAAAGGACUGUUGGCGGAGGGAUGAGCGGAGUGUUUGAUAAUCUGGCGGCAAGGCCAGAUAGGGAGCGAGCCGCCGAAGGAGACUUGGAUUACAUUCCCGAGGACGAGUCGAAAGAUGCGCCUCCUUCGUACCAGAAUGCUCUUCGCGAUGCGGUACCUCCGUACUGGGACACCACUGUCGUCCUUCCCUCCUCCAACUCGCCUUUCGGCCCUCUUUCUAGUUCUGUCAGCGGUGACGAAGUUUUAAUUGAUGGAAUGGGCAUGGUCGUCUCUGUAUCGUUUCAAUUCGUCGGUUUCCUCCUCACAUACGUUCUUCAUACCACACACGCUGCUAAAUACGGCUCUCGAGCGGGUCUCGGUCUUACCUUGAUUCAAGUCGGGCUCAAUAUCCGUGCCAAGGCUGUCGAGCUUAUCGACCAGAACCGUUUCCCGGCGACUGCUUCGGACGACCCUUCAGAUCCGCCCAGCGGGGGGCAGACCUUGUCAGACGAGGAAAUUGCAGAAAAUGCCAUCGAGGCUAUCUGGGGUCCUGGCGCUUCUCCCUGGCCGGCCGUGUUCCGAGAGCCAAAUGCGCCCGAGGGAUCGCCCGGUACCAUCGUCCACAACACCCAUGAGGCGGAACAAUGGGCUAUGGCCCACAACCGUACCCUCACUCAAAUGCUCGACCUUCCUUCGGCCGCCGACGUCGGUAAAGCCAACGAGUACUUUAGCUUUUUGCUCAUGAGUGUCGGUUGGUUUAUCGUUUUGACCUCGGUUGGUGGCUGGUGGCGAGUCAAGAGAUUUGAGCGGGGACUUCGGAGAGCACAGAGGGAAAGCGAGGAGGCUCAGGCGGAGGCUGCUGCUGGCCGAGGUGAAGGGGUUGAGGGAGAGAAUAAUUUGGAGACUGUAACCACUUCCACCUCACCCCGCGAACCCUCCCCCAACGAGCUCGCCUACUACACCGCACCCUUUACUCAAGCUUUCAGCGGUGCGAGGCAUAUCCGCGACGGCUUCUUUGGCUUGCACGGCAGUCGCAUCGACACGCGUGACGAGCCGAAUGCUCCGCCGGAGGAUGGCCAAGUACGAACAGGAUGGAUGCGAUUCGCAAGGGGGAGAAGAGGGCAGGGCCAUACGGCGGUGCCACAAGACGACGAGGAUGAGCACGAGCUGCUGGAUGCCCAAGGGUUUGGCCUGGGGCCGAUGGCGUAUGAUGCGGGAGAAGCUCCGGGGGCGGGGCACCGGCGCCAGAGAGGUCUCUGGGGCUAA